UUCAUGAUUUCAAGACUUCAAGUUACAGAGAAUCCACCAUUUACACUAGUAUAAACCUACAAGUGACCCGUGACUCGUGCUGCAGAGGAAGGCGAUCUUUGACAACAGUCAUUAAAGUAGCCUCAUUAGAAAUCUUCACAAGCAAACAUCCAGAGCCACCUUAAAAAAGCAACAUGAAAGAAACUAAGAAACCAGCUGCAACUGAGAAAUUCUGCUAUAUUUCCAAGCUUAAGGUAUUUCUGCUGGCAUCAUCACUUGCAUAUCUAGCUAAAACUAUGUCUGGGGCUUACAUGAAUAGCAUGCUCACACAGAUAGAGAGAAGAUUUAAUAUUCCAGCCUCUCUGGUGGGCAUUAUUAAUGGAAGCUUUGAAAUUGGAAACUUGUUGGUGAUAGCAUUUGUGAGUUACUUUGGUGCAAAACUUCAUAGACCAAGACUAAUUGCUUUGGGGUGCACAGUUAUGUCUUUUGCCUGUCUUUUGAUAUCACUACCUCACUUUCUCAUGGAACGGUAUCAGUAUGAAACUGCCCUUUCACCAUUAGAGAAUUCUUCAUCAAGCAUGUCCAUGUGUCUCAUAAAUCAAAGCCAGUCCUCCACACAUAUGGAGAAACAAUCAGCAGAGUGCGAACAAAAGUCUGGGUCCUUGAUGUGGGUGUUUGUGUUGGUAGGAAACAUACUACGGGGCAUUGGUGAAACUCCCAUCAUGCCAUUAGUCAUUUCAUAUGUGGAGGAUUUUUCCAAAGCAGAAAAUUCACCUUUUUACAUAGGGUGCCUACAGGUAGCAACUGUGAUAGGUCCUUUUCUUGGUUUCAUGUUGGGAUCAUAUUGUGCACAGCUGUAUGUGGAUCUGGGAUUCACAGAUAUAGAAGAGGUGACUAUAACACUUACUGAUGCCCGUUGGGUUGGCGCAUGGUGGCUGGGCAUUCUGAUUUGUGGAUCAGUAAGUCUGCUCGCUGGAAUACCUUUUUGUUUUCUGCCCAAAUCCCUUCCGAAGGAGGGAUUAGCAAAUGAGACUGAGUUAUUAAGUAUGAGAAAUACAUCAUUGCUACAAGAGAGCGGUGCCAGAUUGAAAAUGCGUGAGAUCACUAAAGAUUUCAUCCCAUUCCUCAGGAGUCUGUUUCACAACCCAGUUUAUAUGUUGUUUAUAUGCAUAACUGUGAUGCAGUUCAGUGCUUUCAAUGGUAUGAUAACCUUCAUGCCAAAAUAUUUGGAACAACAGUAUGGGAAAUCUGCUUCACAGGCCAUCUUUUUAAUAGCUGUUUACAACUUACCAGUUAUAUGCAUUGGAUAUUUUCUUGGAGGCUUUCUAAUGAAGAAAUUCAAGAUAAGUACCAUUCAUGCUGCCAACAUAGCCUUUUGGAUCUCUUUAACUGAAUACCUAAUCUACUUUGCUGCUUAUUUCACGGUUUGUGAAAAUUCUCCAGUUGCUGGUCUAACGGUCUCCUAUGAAGGAAUAGAACAGGUCUCAUACAUGGAAAUAACCCUACUUGCUGACUGCAACAGGGAUUGUGAUUGCUCAAUUAAAGUGUGGGAUCCUGUUUGUGGAGAGAAUGGAAUAACGUAUGUUUCACCUUGUCUUGCUGGUUGUAGAGCUUCAGAUGGAACAAGAAAAUAUACAGUAUUUGAAAAUUGCACCUGUGUUGCAGCUUCUGGAUUUUCAUCUGGAAAUGUCUCUGCGGUUCUGGGUCAGUGUGACAAAGAAGCAAACUGUGACAUGAUGCUUCAGUACUUUUUAAUAUUAUCCAUAGUCUGCAGCUUCAUUUAUUCCUUAGGAGCCAUGCCUGGCUAUAUGGUUUUAAUAAGGUCUCUAAAGCCUGAAGAAAAGUCAUUUGGUGUGGGUAUCCAUACACUUGCUUCAAGAGUAUUUGCUGGAAUUCCAUCUCCCAUUUAUUUUGGAGCUUUGAUAGACUCAACAUGUUUGAAAUGGGGAACUCUGAGUUGUGGUGGUGAAGGAGCAUGUAGGAUGUAUGACAUUGUCACAUACAGAUGGUACUACCAUGGGACAUGCCAGCGAGUAUUUACGUGGAGUGUCACUACAUCCCAAGUGUGUUAAUUCUCCUCAUUUAAAGAAACAACUUAAUCUAUCUUCUGAAGGAAAGACCUUAAAGAGGUCACCAAUGGCAAUGGAAGAACGCAUAGAUGAGCAAAAUGGAAG